AGGCUGCGCGGGGCGCUGCGGGCAGCACUUGGCACCGCCCAAGCUAAGCCGCCCCGGCUCUUCUUCGCUGGCCUUUUUGCUACCCUCGUUGUCACCAGAGGGGUGAGCGUCCGGGUCGCGCCGGCCUCCUUGCUCCACACCCCGCCACCCUCUACCCCGCACCCUGCACCCGCCCAGGAGAGGAAACGGUCUGGUGACUGCUGAUCGCCGCCAAACUCGGCCCAGACUCCGGAGCUGCGGCGCCAGAAGGAGGCCGAUUGCCACCUGCCCCCACCCCCGGGGACGCGUGUGCGGCCCGGCCGGGCGCUGCGGGAGUCCGGUCAGCACCGCCUCGAGUCAAGGACAGGCGCUUCCCACUGGCUGGUUCCCAGGGCCUGGCUGUGGCCCGAGGCUCCAGCUGUCCACGCGGAAAGGAGCAGCCUUCUCCCCAGGCGCCACAGAUGUCAGAUUCCUUGCUCAUGUGAUACCUGAACUCCAGCAAUGACCUAAAUCCCAAGACCCUCUUCUUCAAAAAGUUUCAGGGGUUGGAGUGAUAGUACAGAGGGCCCACAGCCAAGCAGAGAGAUGCCAGGGAUAAGGAAGGUGCGACAUGUUUUUAAUCAGUAUCUGGUCACAGUGUGAGAGAAAGAGGAGGCUGUUGAAAGUUUCUGUUUUUCUUCUCCCAGCUUCGGGGAGGAACCGACUGUCGAUCUACACGACCAUGUCUUCCAUUAAGAUUGAGUGUGUUCUGCCUGAGAAAUGCCGGUGCGGGGAAUCUCCUGUGUGGAUGGAAGCGACUAAUUCUCUGCUCUUUGUGGAUAUUCCUGCAAAAAAGGUUUGCCGAUGGGAUCCGCUCAGCAAGCAAGUGCAGCGAAUGAGCGUGGAUGCCCCGGUCAGCUCUGUGGCCCUGCGCCAGUCAGGAGGCUAUGUCGCCACCAUUGGUACAAAGUUCUGUGCUUUGAACUGGGAAGAUCAGACAGUGGUCACCCUGGCCACUGUAGAUAAAGACAAGAAAAACAAUCGAUUCAAUGACGGGAAGGUGGACCCCUCUGGGAGAUACAUUGCUGGCACCAUGGCUGAGGAAACGGCCCCUGCAGUUCUGGAACGUCACCAAGGGUCUCUGUAUUCCCUCUUUCCUGACCACCAUGUAGAAAAGUACUUUGACCAGGUGGAUAUCUCCAAUGGCUUGGACUGGUCCCUGGACCACAAGAACUUCUACUACAUUGAUAGCCUGUCCUAUUCUGUGGAUGUCUUUGACUAUGACCUGCAGACUGGAAAGAUCACUAACCGCAGAAGCAUGUACAGGAUGGAGGAAGAAGAACAAAUUCCAGAUGGGAUGUGCAUUGAUAUUGAGGGGAAGCUGUGGGUGGCCUGUUAUAAUGGAGGAAGAGUGAUUCGUUUAGAUCCGGAGACAGGGAAAAGACUCCAAACUGUGAAGUUGCCUGUUGAUAAAACAACGUCAUGCUGCUUUGGAGGGAAGGAUUACUCCGAAUUGUAUGUGACCACAGCCAGAGAUGGAAUGGCCCCUGAAAGCCUUGUGAAACAACCGGAAGCUGGUGGAAUUUUUAAGAUAACUGGCCUAGGAGUCAAAGGGAUCCCUCCCCAAGCCUAUGUAGGUUGAAUAACAGGUCUUUCUUACUGAAAAACAGAAAUUCCUACUGAGAUUAUCUGAAAGCAAUUUAAAAAUGUUCGCUCUGAAAUUUCAAUCUAAUUACAAAGAAAUGAAACAAUGUUGUGAUUAACAUGAGACUAGACUUUUAUUUACCAUUUUCAAAGGUAUGAGAAUUGUAUAAUUGUCAACUGUCUCUUGAUUCUUUGCAAAUUGCUGUUCUUUAUUCUAUGUUCCAUUUUAUUAUACCCAAUGCUUAAAAACCAAUAAAUAGAAGCAGUUCAUGA